CCUGGACCACCGGCCAUGGCACAAGCCGCCAAACACCUGCGUAAGAACAAGGAUUUAGAGGCUCUUGCUGAGCAAGAGAGGAAAGAAAAGGAGGAGGAGAGAGUAAAGAAGAGGAGUCGCUCACGGGACAAAAAGCGCAAGGCCCACGCUGUUCACCGCUGGCUAAUCGAUCAGGACAAUAGUGUGAACUCUGAGCCGCCGGAUGGCCAGGGAGUGUGGCACUAUGAUGAAACAACUGACGCUGCUACCAGUUUCCUACGUGCUGCCCGCUCAGGUAACCUGGAAAAGGCUCUUGACCACAUCAAGAAUGGUCUCGAUAUCAACACAGCCAAUCAGAAUGGACUCAAUGGGUUACACUUGGCCUCAAAAGAAGGCCAUGUUAAAAUGGUGCUGGAACUACUGCACAACGGCAUUGUACUGGAGACCACAACUAAGAAAGGCAACACUGCCCUCCACAUUGCUGCAUUGGCUGGACAAGAGCAAGUGGUCACCGAGCUGGUUAACUAUGGAGCUAACGUCAAUGCCCAGUCCCAGAAGGGCUUCACUCCACUCUACAUGGCAGCACAAGAGAAUCAUCUAGAGGUCGUGAAGUUCCUUUUGGACAAUGGAGCCAAUCAGAGCAUUCCAACCGAGGACGGCUUUACGCCAUUAGCUGUGGCUCUUCAGCAGGGUCAUGAGAAUGUAGUGGCCCUGCUUAUCAACCAUGGCACCAAGGGAAAGGUUCGCCUCCCUGCACUGCACAUAGCAGCGCGCAACGAUGACACCCGCACUGCCGCUGUGCUUCUGCAGAAUGACCCCAAUCCUGAUGUACUAAGCAAGACAGGCUUCACGCCACUCCAUAUUGCAGCACAUUAUGAGAAUGUGAACAUUGCCCAGCUGCUGAUAAACCGAGGCGCCAAUGUGAACUUCACUCCCAAGAAUGGGAUUACACCGCUGCACAUUGCAUCCAGGAGAGGGAACGUGGUAAUGGUCAGGCUUCUGCUGGACCGUGGUGCAACAAUUGAUGCCAAGACUAAAGAUGAGCUGACUCCGCUUCACUGUGCUGCAAGAAAUGGUCAUGUUAGGAUAAUUGAGAUCCUGCUGGACCAAGGAGCCCCCAUACAAGCCAAGACCAAAAAUGGUCUCUCGCCAAUCCACAUGGCGGCUCAGGGGGACCACAUGGACUGUGUGCGACAGCUCUUGCAGUAUAACGCCGAGAUUGAUGAUAUAACACUAGACCACCUAACACCCCUACAUGUGGCAGCACACUGUGGGCACCAUCGCAUGGCCAAAGUGCUGCUGGACAAAGGAGCCAAGCCAAACACCCGUGCACUGAACGGCUUCACACCUCUCCACAUAGCCUGUAAGAAGAAUCACAAUCGCGUAAUGGACCUACUCCUAAAACACUCGGCAUCCUUGGAAGCUGUGACAGAGUCGGGGUUAACCCCACUCCAUGUGGCCUCCUUCAUGGGUCAUCUGAACAUAGUGAAGAUCCUGCUGCAAAAAGGAGCCUCUCCAAAUGCCUCGAAUGUGAAAGUGGAAACGCCCCUGCACAUGGCAUCUCGAGCGGGUCACUGUGAUGUUGCAGAGUUUCUGCUGCAAAAUGCAGCACCAGUGGAUGCCAAAGCCAAGGAUGACCAGACCCCAUUGCACUGCGCCGCCCGCAUGGGCCACAAAGAACUAGUGAAGCUCCUGCUGGAGCACAAGGCCAACCCAAAUUCUACCACCAUGGCUGGACACACUCCGCUGCACAUCGCCGCCAGGGAGGGACAUACACAGACUGCCCGGAUCCUCCUUGACAUGAAUGCCCAGCAGACCAAGCUGACGAAAAAAGGCUUUACUCCUCUCCAUAUGGCAGCAAAAUAUGGAAAGGAGGACGUGGCAGAGUUGCUACUUGAGAGAGGUGCAAACCCAAAUACUGCAGGCAAGAAUGGACUCACGCCAUUGCAUGUAGCUGUCCAUCACAACAACCUGGACGUGGUAAACUUACUGGUUAGCAAGGGCGGAUCUCCACACAGCGCAGCGAGAAAUGGCUACACUCCUCUCCACAUUGCCUCCAAGCAGAACCAGUUGGAGGUGGCCAAUAGUCUGCUGCAGCAUGGAGCCUCCGCCAAUGCUGAAUCCUUACAGGGAAUCACGCCACUGCACUUGGCUUCCCAGGAGGGUCAAGCAGACAUGGUCUCACUGCUCAUUUCCAAGCAGGCCAAUGUCAACCUGGGCAACAAGAGUGGCCUGACCCCACUUCACCUUGUUGCCCAAGAGGGUCACGUGGGCAUUGCUGACAUCCUGGUGAAACAGGGGGCAUCGGUCUAUGCUGCCACACGGAUGGGCUACACUCCACUUCACGUGGCUUGUCAUUAUGGCAACAUUAAAAUGGUUAAGUUCCUCCUGCAGCAGCAGGCAAACGUCAACAGCAAGACAAGGGCGGGAUAUACACCCCUUCAUCAGGCUGCCCAACAGGGCCACACUGACAUUGUGACCUUGCUUCUGAAACAUGGUGCACAGCCAAAUGAAAUUACUACCAACGGCACUUCUGCACUGGCCAUUGCGAAACGUCUCGGCUAUAUUUCUGUCAUUGACGUCCUCAAACUGAUUACCGAAGAAACGGUGACCAUGUCGACCACUGAAAAACAUCGAAUGAGCUUUCCCGAGACGGUUGAUGAGAUCCUGGAUGUGUCCGAGGAUGAAGGAGUUGCACAGCUAACGCUAGGCGAGGAGCUGCUGGGAACAGAGAUUACCAGGUAUUUGAGGAUGGACGGCAUGAGGGACCAUGAUGACGAUUUCCUUUCCUCCAGGACAGUCACAGAAAACUACUCACCUGCUGUUCCAAGGAUCCCCUGUGUCUCUCCUGAAACCGUCAUGCUGAAAGAACAUGAAAUGGAGCAGCAGCACACUCCAAUCCCAAUGCCCAAAGAGUAUGAUGAUGACUCUCUGAUUCCUAGCAGUCCAGCCACAGAGACCUCAGAUAAUGUCAGUCCAGUGGCCAGCCCUAUCCACACUGGCUUCUUGGUUAGCUUCAUGGUGGAUGCAAGAGGUGGCUCAAUGAGAGGAAGCAGACACAAUGGUUUGCGUGUUAUCAUACCACCACGAACAUGUGCAGCCCCAACACGCAUCACCUGCCGCCUGGUGAAGCCCCAAAAGCUCUCCACUCCACCUCCUCUGGUGGAGGGUGAGGGUUUAGCUAGCCGAAUCAUCUCACUGGGUCCAGCUAGCAUGCAGUUUUUGGGACCGGUGAUUGUGGAGAUCCCUCAUUUUGCAGCACUUGGGCGGGGAGACAGGGAACUGGUGGUCUUAAGGAGUGAGAAUGGCUCUGUCUGGAAGGAGCACCGGAACCGUUAUGGUGAUGAAGUGUUGGAGACUAUCCUCAAUGGCAUGGACGAAGAUUUAGAAAGUCAGGAGGAGCUUGGGAAGAAGCGUAUCAGGCGCAUCAUCUCCACUGAUUUCCCUCUCUACUUUGCUGUGGUCUCCCGCAUCCAACAGGAGAGCGACUUGAUUGGCCCUGAGGGGGGGCGUCUGACCAGCAAAAUUCUUCCGUUGGUUCAGGCCAGUUUCCCUGAGUCGUCUGUCACCAAGCGGGUUCGCCUUGGACUGCAGGCCCAGCCGGUCCCUGAUGAGCUGGUGGCCAAGCUGCUGGGGAACCAGGCCACCUUCAGCCCUGUGGUGACCGUGGAGCCGAGACGCCGUAAGUUCCAUCGGCCCAUUGGCCUGCGCAUCCCGCUGCCUCCAUCCUGGAGGGACAGUCCGCGAGAUUCUGGCGAGGGUGACACUACCAGCCUCCGCCUGCUCUGCAGUGUCAUCGGUGGCACCGAUCCAGCACAGUGGGAGGAUAUCACUGGCACAACCAAGCUUAUAUAUGCUAAUGACUGUGCCAAUUUCACCACCAAUGUGUCUGCACGUUUUUGGCUAGCAGACUGUCCUCGCACUGCUGAAGCAGUUUCCUUUGCCAACCUGCUGUACCGUGAGCUGUCAGCAGUGCCAUACAUGGCUAAAUUUGUAGUGUUUGCGAAGAUGAAUGAGGUGCGAGAAGGUCGAUUGCGCUGCUACUGCAUGACUGAUGACAAGAUGGACAAGACCCUAGAGCAGCACGAGAACUUCACAGAAGUGGCCCGCAGCAGAGACAUAGAGGUAAUGGAGGGCAUGCCAUUACACUUGGAGUGCUCAGGGAACUUGAUCCCCAUGAGGAAGGCUACUCAGCAACCCCGCUGCUUCAGCUUCCAAGCCUUCAGAGACAACAGGCUUCCUGUCUCUGUGAAGGUAAGAGACAGUAGUAAGGACCCCUCUGGCUUCUUGUCCUUCCUACGCAAGUCUACCAAGUAUGAGGACAGUCAGCAAGUACUCUGCAACCUCAAUAUUACCAUGCCACCAUGCAUAAAGAUUGGAGGGGGUGAGGACCGAAGGAGGACACUCACCCCUUUGGCCCUUAGAGAGAGAUACAGUGCUCUCAAUGAACCAACUGUAGCAUCAAUGAGCACCAUGGAAAGGACAGAGUUAAAGAUGGCUUUAAUAGCCGAACAGCUGGGACUGAGCUGGGCUGAGCUGGCCCGAGAACUCCAAUUCAAUGUGGAUGAAAUUAAUAGGAUUCGCGUGGAGAACCCCAAUUCACUCCUGGAACAGAGUUCAACACUGCUCAAUUUGUGGAUUAGCCGUGAAGGCAAGAGGGCCCAAAUGGAGAGCCUGUUCAUGGCACUGAAGAACAUUGACCGAAUGGACAUUGUGAACAUGCUGGAAGGUCACCAGGGUAACCAGGAACAAGAAAGGCGCAGACACAAUGACCGAGACCACCUCUCUCUUGGCAUAUCAAAUGGUUAUGGACUGGUGGUUCAGGACGUGUUGGUCUCGCCAGCCUCCGGGCAGCACAGCCUGGCCUCACCAAUGGGGCUUGAGCCCUACUGGCAGGAAGUGUCUAGCAUGGAUGGUGCUCCCAUAGCCACCACUGAAGAAGAUACACUUAUGGAGAUGUCCGAGGUACAAGUGUGGCCAUCAGGCAAAAGCCCAUGUCUGGUGGCCGUGGAGGACUCCUCACUUGAGUGUAGCAACGCUGAGGACUCAGAGGGGCUAUCCUACGGGAGUAUGGGCAGACCAGGCAGUGCCACACCAGGUACAGGACACGGCCACAUUGGGUUGAGCGGGUCCAUCGAGCUGCUGGAGGACCAGUCCAUUGGGGCAGACUCGGAACACAGCACCACCACUCCUGGAACAGGGGUCAACAUCAAUGGACUGGACGUAGGUCAAGGGUUGGAGACGGAUGAGAAGGCAGUGGAGGUUGCGGUUGGUGCAGGCAGGAAUGUUUCAGAAGGAGACAUUGGAGGUUUGGGAGUAAGAGAUGACACAGGCUUAGUGGAAGGCUUGUCUGUCAUUGCAGGACAACAGAGGGUUUACGCUCGAAUGUGUGAGUCUCCUGGGCUUAGCCGAGUGGCUGAUCGCAACGGUGACAGGUCAAGUGCUGGUUCUUUCCUGUCCUACCUCCAAGACCAGACUGGCCCUGGAUGGCAUCCCAUCCCAGAUCCCACUCAGAGCUGGGCAGGAACCUCACAGCCAGCCAAUUUCAGACAGGCCAAGGAGUCCAUGAUGUCAUCAGUGAAGGCAGCGGUGGAUGGAGAUUUGAGCCAGUCCCAACUGUCCCAGGAAGCUUUGCUCCAACCGGUACGAGACAUGGGGCACUCAGAGAUCCUACGCGGGCAUUUUUGGGGAACCCAGCCUUUUGAGAAGGGCCUAGGCUUCCCCCACAGAGUACCUGACCUUCGAGGAUGGGAAGAUAUGCGCCUCAGAGGACAAGGUGAUGAAGCUGUGGAUCUUCCUGGAGAGCAAGUGAGUGAGGAGCAGUUUACAGAUGAGCAUGGCAACAUCGUCACCAAAAAGGUCGUGAGGAAGGUGGUUCGGAGAGGAAAAGGUGAGGGUGAGGGUCAGGAGUACAUUAUAGAUGGGCAGCAGGAAGCUGAUGAGUUGGAUGCUGACGCAGAGCAGUUCAUGGGCUACGCCGUCCUUGGCCGGGAAAGCAAGCCGGAUGUUGUGGAUGUGAAGAAGGGAGGGUCUCAGAUAGUGAAAUGUGCCACUUUGCGGAGAGUAAAGCAGUGAGCGGCGCUCGUUCGGCCGUCCAGGACUUGUCUGCCGCACCCAAACCUUCUCUCAUAGACACAUGAUGAGCAACAAGAACUGCAAGAAAGUUGGAAAAACCAGGCAACGGACAUCAGUGCCAAUAAAUGGCUUUUAGGCUUCUUUUUAAAGCAAACGUACAAUGAGAACUAGGCUAAAAGCAUGAUUUCAUAUAAAAAAAAUAAAAAAAAUAUUGAAACCUAGGAGAACAAAAAAAAAAAAAAAAAAGCAUCCAAAAAGUGCUUCCUGUAAUCCCUGUAUCAGCAUGCGAGAGUGCUGUCGCAUGGCCUGCCUUUACAUACACCACAGAAAGCAAAGGAUUAUGGGGCUCCUGGUGAUACAAGGGGCGUGAAAUGAGGGAAGCGUUUGUGGAUAUGGAACAGUAUAACCGAACCCAGAGCUCAGCUCUGAACGCUGUAUUUCAGAUAAGUUGUGGUUAAUAACAUAUAUGCAAAAGCCGACACACAUGUGUAGUCAAAUGACGCAACGGUUCCCCCUAGAACUCUCACAGAUUUUUGAGUCUUCCAAUAUAUUACGUGUUAUAGUUUAAUCUACUUUCAAUCAUGAUCUCACGACACACCAGUUUUUCUUCCAGCACUGGUUUUGUGCAUACUGCUGUAUACGCACUGAAAUAUUACACGUGUGUGUGUGUGUGUGUGUGUGUGCGUGUGUGUGUGUUAUGUCUGUAUGUGCGGUUUAUGUUACAGCCCAAAACUGGAAGAGAAAAAAAACAACAACUAAAUGUAUGCAAAGAUACUGCUGCUGAUAUACUUCUUUGCCCGUGCUUUUAUUUAGUUUGAUAUAACAGACAGGAUUAAUAAUCCUGUGUAUAAUCCUGUGUAUAAUCCGGUGUCUAAACAUCAGUGUUAUAUCUGGAUGGGUAUGUUGUUUUUUACCUGUAAUGCAGGCAUGAUUUCAUUUCUUUCUUUUUCUUUCUUUCUUUUUUCGUCCACCAUUGCUGUCUCGCCACUCAUGGAGAAACAUUAGGGCUUUUGGCCUUCAAUAGAUAUUUAUUUUUGGACACUGUAUUGCUUCUUGUAACUGUCAUCAUAAAUUGUGGUGGUUUUU